GCUAAGUAGGUGAGUGCCUUUGGUUUCUUCUUAACAGGAAUUUGGAAAAGGAGGCCUACCAAGAUGCCGGAUGGUGGUGAAGCCGGAAGGGUGCUGACCCUCGAGGACCUCAUUGCAGCCCUAGAUCGACAUGAGAAGACCCCAAGUAAUGUUCCGAGGGUUGAGACCUUCCACUUUGAUGGGGAAAGGGUCUCAGACUGGCUAGACCUGGUGGAGCAGGCGAUGGUGGGAUUGUCAGAUGAGGUGAAAUUCCAGCGUAUCAUGAGGUACGUGCUCCAUAGGCACCAUCAGGAGGUGCAKAAGRUUGUGGAUGCCGCCCAYGGCAGUUGGGCAAGAUUCAGGGAGARCAUGCUGYGCAAGUAUYRGUUGGGUGAUGGGUUGCUUACCAUCYMAGAUCUUGAGGGAAUGAACAAGGAYGACUUUACCACAAUAGGGGCCUUCGUACAAGAGUUUAAGAAGAAGGCAAGGAAAGUUCACGGGAUCUCUGAGGAGAGGCAGUGCGCUAUCUUUCUGGGACUGCUUACUGGGUCAGAGGCAGACGAACUGACGAGUCAUGGAGAAGGCAGCGCAAAGCUUACCUGGGCCACCAUCGACAGAGGAGUGGAGGAUGGGAGUUUAGACCAGGUAGAGCAGCAUCAGAUGCGCCUGCAAAGGAGGAAGAGGAAGGAAAGGGACGCUACUGCAUCAGGGACCCCGGGAGUUAAAAAGAUUGUCACUGAUGUACUUGCGGCAUUAGGCUAUGGCCAGGAUGCCGAGGCGCAGAGAAAGGCGGUAGCCGUUGUCCAAGGCCGAGGAAAAGAGGUGGGGGAAGAAGGUGCCGGGCAAGAGGAUUACGGGACACAUGGCUUGGAAGAAGAGAUGAGGACAAUAGAGGAAGGGCCUACUCAGAUAGAGGAACAUGAGCAGCUAAUGGGAGGGAUGUAUCUGCUCACUAAUACGCUCCUGCAAGGAGACUUCGACCAGAGAGACUCGUUUAGUCAUGAGGAGGAUGAAAUUCUGAUCCCGGAAAGCCAGGAUGACGAGUUCGAAGAAGGGGAGAUUAAGGAGGCAUUUCGGGCAGAGGAAUAUGACGGGAUCUAUCUUGAGCUGGGCCUACUUCUAUCCUGUGAGAUAAGGAACAUGGAUGCUAGCGACAAGGCGCAGAAGUUGAGGCACCUCUACGUGGUGAGAGAUGGACAUUUGUUCAUAAAGCGGCAAGUUAGGAAUCCCAAGCGGAUUGUGUGCGGGAGGAACCGACAGUUGAACAUCAUAGCGGCAUUACAUGAUGGUAUAGUAGGUGGGCAUAGAGGGGUGAGUGCCACAUGCGCAAAGAUAAGCGAGCUCUACCAUUGGGAUGGAAUGCUGACGAUGGUCAUCAAGUACUGCCGAUCCUGUGUACCUUGCCAGGAAAGGUCUGACUUUUUAGAAGGCAGCCAUGCAGAGGGGCGGGCGGGGCACGCGGCCACGACAGAGACCUUCGGGGCAUCCGGAGGGGAGGAGCAGCAUGGGCCCUUCAGGAGAGAGCUUACACCCGUGUUUGAUGACGACAACAUCGAGCUUUUCCUGAACGCCUACCGAGAGCAUGCAGCCCGGAGAGGAUGGGACGUGUCUGAGAGGGUACGUCACUUGAGGGGAGUUGGGAGGUUCGAGGAACCCAUUGUGCAGAUCAGAGAGGAGGCCCUGACGUGGUCGGAGGUAGAGGCAAGGAUGCAGAGACUGAGAGCUUCACCUUUGGGGAAUGAUGGAAUACCUACUCGUUUGGAGGAAGGAAACGAGGAGGAGUUCAUCCCGGCAUACGAACGAUAUAUAAGCGAUCAGGGGGUUCCGAGGGAUGAGUGGGUACAGACGCUGCUCCUUUGGACCAGAGAGGUGGAGCGUCCGCUGGCAAGACAGAUCCAGAGGCGGGCACAAGAUUGGGAGGACUGUCGGGCUCAGCUGAGGGUGGCGUUUCGACGACCGGAACCAGAGAGGCCAGAGCCAAGGGUUGAUAGAAGGCGGCGGAGCAAGAGGUUAAGGGAUUUGGAGGCAAGAGAGCCGGUGACGUCGAGAGGUGGCCGGAAGGCCCUGGCACAACGAGAAGGGGGACAAGCAGGGCCGGCUAGGGCAAGGGAGUCCUUCCCUGCUUGUGGCCUCAGGCAAGUGGAGUUCCAUCAAGUCACAGAGGAUGACCUACUGGGACCCUCGUCACAGGCACCAGAGCAGAGGGAGAGUGAGGUGCCAGCAACGCCAUUCAGGAGCCUGGAGGCCCACUUGGACGUGUCCCAGUGGGAGGCCCCUUCAGCAGGAGAAAGCCCCACGGACCCAUCAGGGGGAGGGCAGACUCGCCUUGAGCCCGAGACAGAGCCGCUCAGAUUGAAGGGGGUAGGUGCGGAAAAUGUCAUUGUGGUGGAAGGUGAUACUCCCCCUGACUCUCCAGCUCGGGCUCAGACACGGCGGUCCUGGCCAAAGGGCGUCGCGGAGCCAGACAACGAGGAGGCCCCAGUACCACCACCAGAGGCCACUAUGUCACCUAGGCAGGAGGUUGAGGCGAGAGGGCCAGUGGAGGGGUGGAGGACGGAGCCCCGCUUGGUUGUCGACUCACGUUUAGCCGCGCACACAGCCGAGCACCAUGACAUUGAGGAGCCCAGCCUGGUUGGGCCAUCGUCGGGGCCAGCGGGUACUGAGCUAGGGGAGGGUUCGCAGGCUGCUACUGAGGAAGUCGCGGAGGCAGACAUAGGGAAGGAGCCAGACAAAGCCGCCCAAGCAAAGCGUGCUAGGGAAGGCGCUGCUUUAGCAGAUACCCCUAUGGAGGCGCUGACCCAAGAACCCCAACCUGCACCAGAAGAAGAGGGGGAGGCAGAGGAGUCACUGGCAAUACUUCUGGACGUACAGGAGGGGACUCUCACUGGAGCGAUGGAGCCUCCACGACUUGAGGCACAGGGGGAGGAGCCAUCCCGCUUGGACGAGUUGGUUGCUGCCAUGGAAGUGGAUAUGCCGCCAGAGGAACCUCAAGCAGAGGACCCCGGAACACGGGCCAGAGAUGGGGGAAUUGAGAGCACAGUUAGGCUCAUGGGCCACUGGGACCGAUUCGGGAGGACCGACUACUGAGCAGCGGCAGCAGGAGGCCACGAGCCAGCCUACUAGAGC